CGCAAUUUCUAAUGUUUUGUGUCGCUUUUGUAGGUUUAUCAGCUGAAUAAUAAUUGUUCUAAAAAAUUUAUUAGCUGUGAGAAACUGUUUUUAUGUUAUCUUUUUUUUUUGUAAGACUUCUUAUGUUAUCUUGUUUACUUUUUUUUUUAAACUAUGCUCAUCCGUUGCUGACCUUUUCAUAAAAUAAAGAAAGAGGCUUACGGAAGUUAAACAAGUAAAGGAAAAAAGCUCAAAAAAAGAACAAUGGCGUUUCGUUACUUUAUCUACUUAUUUUUAAUUAGGCCAUUGUCACAUAAAGCAAUCAAACUCUCUGGAGGUUUCCAAAGGCUUAAUUAGCACUCAAGUCAGAAGAGAUCCAUAUACUAUAACCUCUUCAAAGGUAACAUGGAGAUAGAGAAGGUAGAAGACUCAGCAGCAUUGGGUGACUCUGGAGGAGACUUCGACUGCAACAUAUGUUUGGAUCAAGUACGUGACCCGGUCGUGACACUAUGUGGCCACUUGUUUUGUUGGCCCUGCAUAUACAAGUGGACUUAUUCCACCAACAAUACAAGAAGACGCGUCGAUCAGUACGAUAAGAAGGAGUCCCCAAAAUGUCCGGUCUGCAAAUCUGAUGUCUCGGAUGCUACGCUUGUACCUAUCUACGGCCGGGGGCAGAAAAUACCCCAGUCCGGUUCAAACGUACCGAACAGACCAUCCGGUCCGCUUUAUGACUCAAGAGGAAUUGGUCAACGUUUAGGAGAAAGUGAGAGUCAACGGUACAUGUAUAGAAUGCCUGAUCCAGUGAUGGGUGUGGUAUGCGAAAUGGUAUAUCGGAGACUGUUUGGAGAGUCUUCUAGGAACGUAACACCGUACCGUGACACAAGUCUACAUUCAAGGCGGCGGACAAUGCAGGUGGAUGAGUCGCUGAGCAGAGUCUACUUGUUCCUGCUUUGCUUCAUGGUUAUGUGUCUACUUCUCUUCUAGUUAUAAUGUCAUUUCGCGUAAUAAUGAGUAUGCAUAUAUCUAUACACAUGGAGUGUAUAUAUGUGUGAUCCUGAAACGGCAUGAUGAGAAUUGAGAAACAUAAUAAAGUCAAUCAAGAAACGGCACCAAUUGGCUUUUAG